AUGCAUAAAAUAUUAGGUGCCUCCUUUUAUUUAUUUAUUCUUCUUUUCUACUUUUAUAACCCAAGUGAAACAUUUGGCAUAGAAAAUAAAAAGGGUUUGAAUGAUGCAAUUAAAGAGAAAUCCUGUCUAAGAAGAGGUAAUUUAAUGCAUUAUUUCCUUGCAGAUGAAGGGAAUUUCAUUUUAGACACAGAUGUAAACGUAAAUUCUAAGACGCGAAGAGAAGGGACAGGUAUACCAGUAGAAAUUUUUGCUGAUGUAGGAGACGAAGAUGCAAACGGUGAUGAAAAACAAGAUGUAGAUUCCAUUGACCAUCUUGGAAACAUACACAAGGAAUUCCUUUUGGAUAUGAUUGAAAUGUGGAAUAACCAGAAUUAUGAUAAAUAUGGUGAUAAGAAGCGUGACCAAAUAAAAGAGAUAAAAAAUUUAAAAACAAAACAGUACAAACCUAACAUAGAUGAUAUGUUUGGAAGAAAAACCCAUUCACGCAACGAUUGGCGUGGAAAUAAACUAUGUGCAUAUAUUUAUGUCAACUGCUUAGUUCAAUCUUAUAGUGGAUACAGAGAAAAAAAUCAGAUGCCGAUAGUUUCAAAAGUGUCAUCAAUUAGUGCUAGUAUCCCUGUACCUUUAUGCCAACUUAUGAUUUCUCAACCCACGAGAAAAUGCCCAAAGAAAGGUAGAAAUAAUAACUGUAGAUACUCGACAAAAGCUAACAAUUUCUUACAUCCUCUAAUUGGAAAAUAUAAAAAAAAAGACAAGACAGAUAGGAAUAAUAUUGACCAUAUCCUUGAGGAGUCAAAUGAAAAUAUUUUGAACAAUUUAAUAAAUGAAAAAAGUAAAAACGAAAUAAGUGAAGAAGAUGAGGACGACGAAGGGGAUGAACAUGUGCUAGAUUAUGAUAAAAGUAAUCCAGAUGAGAAUGAUUAUUGCAAUGUGGGCUAUUUCGAAAAUGGAAAUUUGUAUUUUUACCCAAUUGAGGUGGAAGAGGAAGACGAAAUCAGCAAAAAUAGCAAUCGAAAAACAAUUAAAAAUAAGAAAAGAAAAACAAGGGAGAAAAAAUCCAAGUUAUUUGAAGCACCAAUUUCAAUAUUUAACAUUAAACGUUACAAAAAUAUUAAUAGAAUUAAGAAUAAAAUAACCAAAAUAUGGAAAAAAAUGAUAAAUGCAUUUAUGUAUGAUCCUGAUUAUUAUGGAAUCCUCGUGUAUUUGACGACAGACGCCGCUGAUUUGAUCAUGAAUCAGUAG